AUGUUCGCAGAUGAUUUGACAAUGUUAUCGCGCCUGAAAUCCGGGUUAGACAGGAUGCUAAAGACUGCAUGGGAAUACAGCCAAAAAUGGAGAUUUAAUUUUAGUGUUACGAAAACAGUUAUAUUAAUAUUUGGAGAGAGCCAGCAAGAACACGAAGCAAACAAUAGGUCGAGAGCUUGGAAACUUGGUUCCCAGAUUUUAUCUGAAAAGGGGUCGUGGUCAAAUCUCGGAAAACUUUGGCUUGCAAAUAGAGACAGUAAGGAAAUCGUUUCAAAAGCAACAUGUGCGGGUAGAGAAGUUUGUUUUAUGUUGAUGGCUGUUGGUACUCGCUACGGGGGAUUAAAUCCUAUGGUUUCGUCUAAUUUAUGGCGUAAGAUUGGCAUUCCAAAGUUCCUGUAUGGAUCAGAGCUCUGGCAGCUGAAAAUGAACAAUUAUAUUGAGUUAGAAAAGGUCCAAAAUAUCAUGGUCAGGAUCAUGCAGGGACUAUUACCAGGAACGUCUGGGUCUGCGGCACGGGGACUUCUCGGCUUACUUUCAGUUGAAGCGGAGAUAGAUAAGCGAAAAUUGUAUUUUCUGGGAAGAUUGAUAAACAUGGGUGCCGGUGCACCAUGCCGCCGUGUCUUCUUUAUCAGGUUACUAAGGUGGAAGUGGAACUGUGGCAAAAAAUUAACCGGAUUUGUGCCAGACAUUGUUGAAAUUCUCGCAAGGUACGACCUUUUGCAAGUUUUAAUCACUUAUAUUCUCACAAAUGAUUUCCCUAUAAAAACUCUGUGGAAAAAGACUGUCAAUAAACAUGUUCGAGAGCAAUAUGAUCGUGUUUGGCGAGAAAAGAUUAGUAAGAACAAUCAACUAUAUCUCUACUCUAAGGUUCAUACAAAGAAUGAAGUUUCUCAUUGGUGGAUAAUAGCAAGAAAGAAUCCAUCCUUCAUGAAGGAGAUUAAUAACGUCAUAAGACUAAUUUGUGGCUCAUACAAGGUCAGGGGGAAGCGUGUGGAUCAUCCUAAUACGUACAUUGACUAUUGUGACUCAUGCAAUCGUAACUAUUUAAAUCCUGUUAAUCAUGCUCUGUCUUAUUGCUUAGGUUCGCAAAACGAGCGUGAACUAUUGUGGGACUGGGUAAACGAUAAUCUUCCUUUAGAGGUUGCUGUUUAUUUAGCAACAUUAUCGGACACAGAUUUUAUGCUUACUCUUUUAGGCUUACAAUCAGAAACUUUAUGCUUUGAUAUGGAACUGUGGACGUUAUAUUUGUUGCAAUCUGCAUGUUAUAUUUCAUCUUGUUUUCAAACUAGUGUAAUUUCAAUUUAAGUAGUUAGUUAAUUAGUUAGUUAGUUUUAUUUCUAUGUAUAAGUAUGUAUGUGUGUGUAUAUGUGUAUUGAUAUAUACUUUCUUGUAAAAUACUCUUCAGAAAUUGGAGGUAACAAAGAUUUUAAACUGACUGACUGACUGACUGACUGGCUGGCUGGCUGGCUGGCUGGCUGACUGGCUGACUGACUGACUGACUGUUCUUGACGCCGAGGACAAGGUUUUUGACCCUGGGGAGAAGGUUUCUGACCCUGAGGACAAGGUUCCUGACGCUGAGGACAAGGUUCCUGACGCUGAGGACAGGGUUCCUGACCCUGAGGACAAGGUUCCUGACGCUGAGGACAAUGUUCCGGACGCUGAUAAAGAUAAAGAACACGAAUAA